AGAGAGAGAGAGAGAGAGAAUGCAUAUGGUUUGGAAAACAUUAGGGUUGCUGGGAUGGGUUAUUACAAUGGAUAUGGGAAAGGUAGCAGAUGGUGCAGUUUCUGAGAAUGUAAUGAAGAUGAUAGGUGUGAUAAACAGCAUGGGUCCGUAUUUGGGUGUUGUAGUGCCCAACACUUUUGAGAUGGCCCCUCUCCUCAAUUCUCCAAGCUUUCUGCCUCAUCAACACCUUCCUUUCUUGGAUUUUGCAGGGCGAAGGUUUCGGAUUGGAGCAGUGGAAACUAGAAAGGUGGUUGUGGUUAUGUCAGGAUUGAGUACGAUUAAUGCAGGUAUAGCGACACAGUUGUUGCUAAGUUUAUUCCAUAUUGAAGGGGUUGUGCACUUCGGAAUAGCUGGGAAUGCUAAUCCUCAACUCCAGAUUGGCGACGUUACUAUCCCACACUAUUGGGCUCACACCGGCCUCUGGAAUUGGCAGAGGUGGGGAGAUGAUGCUGAUGAUGAACUUGCCUUAGAGUCGGCGGGGGACUAUACACGAGAGAUUGGCUACCUUAGGUUCUCCGAUUACAACAACAACAACACAACGUACGGCUCCGUAUCAACAGAUAACUUUCUGAAUCGUGUAUGGUACCAACCGGAAGAGAUAUUCAGCGUUGAUGGACAUCCUGAAGUCCGGCAACAUGCGUUUUGGGUUCCUGUUGACGCUCUCUACCUUUCACUAGCAAAGAAUCUUGAGGGCAUGAAGCUGGAACGUUGUAUGAAUUCGACAUGUUUACCAAGGGCUCCCGAGGUCGUAAUGGUGGAAAGAGGGGUUAGUGCCAAUGUGUUUGUGGACAAUGCAGCUUAUCGGGAGUUCCUGCGUUCAAAAUUUAAUGCAACGCCAAUCGACAUGGAGAGUGCUGCUGUAGCACUCGUGUGCCUGCAGCAAAGGAAGCCUUUCAUUGCCAUUAGGGCGUUGUCUGAUUUAGCAGGAGGCGGUUCUUCUGUUUCCAAUGAAGCUGAUGCCUUUGCACCUUUGGCAGCUCAAAAUGCUGUUAGUGUUAUGCUUAGCUUUGUCAACUUAACUGUGCCACAUGUUGGAGCGCGAUAGAAACAUAUUGUGCUUAAAUUAGUUUGCUGGCUCUGGCUGCAAUAAGUUCUUUCAAGAUUUCAUGUCAAGACAUGUUUCCUAAGAGUUUCAUCAUUUCAUGCUAAAGAAUGGAAUAAAUAGCUCUAUUGCUAUAAUUGAUGCGUAAAUUUGACU